AUGAGCACUGGUUGCGUCAGGCUGACUACGUUUAACCAAGUCAUUGUUCUCUUAUUCAAAGCCCAAUACUCUUUCUGGUCUUUGUGUAGUGUUGCAGCAACAAAAAGCCCCGUCAUUUUCAUAGGAACUGGAGAGCAUAUGGAUGAAUUUGAAAUUUUUGAUGUUAAACCAUUUGUUAGCCGUCUUUUAGGUAUGGGUGAUUGGUCUGGCUUCAUGGAUAAAAUUCAGGAAGUUGUGCCAACUGAUCAACAGCCAGAGCUUCUUCAAAAGCUCUCUGAAGGAAGUUUUACCCUCCGACUCAUGUAUGAGCAAUUCCAGAACAUACUUAAAAUGGGCCCAAUUGGACAGGUGUUCUCCAUGCUGCCUGGAUUUAGUGCAGAGGUUAUGCCGAAGGGUCAUGAGAAAGAAAGUCAGGCCAAGAUCAAACGGUACAUGACAAUGAUGGAUUCCAUGACAAAUGCAGAGCUGGACAGCACGAACCCGAAGAUCUUCAAUGAUUCGAGAGCCCUGAGGAUAGCGCGAGGUUCCGGCCGAACCAUCAGGGAAGUCGUUGAGAUGUUGGAAGAGUACAAGCGGCUCGCGAAGGUGUGGAGUCAGAUGAAAGGUCUGAAGAUCCCUAAGAAGGGGGAGAUGAGCGCCUUGUCGCGCAACAUGAAUGUUCAGCACAUGAGCAAAGUCCUUCCUCCUCAGAUGCUGAAGCAGAUUGGGGGGAUGGGGGGUUUACAGAGCCUCAUGAAGCAGAUGGGAUCCAAAGAUAUGAUGGGUGGGAUGUUUGGUGGAGGAGGAGGAGAUAAGUAAAUUUUGCUUCAGGAGGAAAGAAUUGAUAGAAACCAGGCUAAUUUUUUUUUUAUUAAUGGAGGUAGAAGACAAUGGUGGGAGACUGUGGACCAAAUCUAUUCAUGUUAUUGUAAAUACUAAACGUUCCACCAACCCUUCUUGUAGUUAAUAUGGAUUGAUUAUGAGGUUUUCAAUUUCAUACA